GUAGUCUAUUCAGGAUUAUUUUAUCAAUUAAAAGACUCCCUUCACUAACUCAAUUUACUUUCUGGAUUUAUUUUAUUCCACUUAUUCGACUCCAAUCAUCCAACUCCAGUUACAUAGUUAGAAGUCUGCACACAAGUCAAAGCAGGACUACACUGCUUAUGGAAUCAUUAUAGGCUAAUAAUCAAUAGAGGCUAUGCAGUUGUAUGUGUAACCACUCUCUCAGCCCUGCGACAGAAGACAGCAGAUGAGAGCAUCCCUCAGAUGAUGUGCAAGAUGUAGCCUACAAGGAUGCUGUGACGUCACGGCCACACGGAUGGGAGGCAAGUUAGGAGGCUACUUUGUAGAGAUGGCGUCCCCAUGAAUAAGCAGAAAAAGAAGAGAAAGAAAUAAUGCCACUACACGGACUGCACAUAUCGAGGGACAUGUAAGAGCAGCUGAAGUGAGAUCAUUUCUUGUUACAGCAGUGGCAGAAUGUGCUUACAGCUGUGUUUGCUGUGCUUUAAGUGUGUGAUUGCUAAGAGCCGGGCCGGUGUUGAUGUCUGAGCGCGCGCGUCCGCCUCCCUGAUCCUCCCGGUAAGAGAGGAGGCGGAAGAGCGGCUGCGGGAAACGCGAUGGCUGCGGGUGGAGAGCGCGAGGAAACGCUGGAGCAGUACCGGGCCGAGGUGGAGCGGCUCACGCACGAGCUCGCCGAGGCUAACCGCGAGAAGAUCCGUGCUGCUGAAUGCGGACUUGUGGUGCUGGAGGAAAACCAGACCCUAAAGCAGCAGUACGCCGACCUCGAAGCCGAGCAGGACACUCUGAGACAGGAGCUGGAGCAGCUGCAUGAGGCCUUUAGCCAGGCAUACUCCACCCAGAGGAAGGUAGCAGAAGAUGGUGAGAGCAACGAGGAAGCACUCCUACAGGAGUCGGCCACCAAGGAGGCGUAUUACAUAAGCCGUCUGCUGAAUCAGCAGACUGAACUGAAGCACAGUCGCUCUCAGGCCUCCAACACGCAGGCAGAGAAUGAAAGACUCAGCACCAUCUUGCAGGAGCUUAGAGAGAACAAUGAGAUGAUGGAGUUACAGAGGAGCAGGAUGAGAGAAGAAGUGAGAGAGUAUAAGUUUCGAGAGGCUCGACUGCUGCAGGAUUACACCGAGCUUGAAGAGGAGAAUAUCACGCUGCAAAAAUUGGUGUCCACACUCAAACAGAACCAGGUGGAGUAUGAAGGCCUGAAACAUGAGAUCAAGGUCUUGGAGGAGGAGACAGUCUUGUUGAAUAGCCAGUUAGAGGAUGCAUUGCGCCUGAAGGAUAUCUCAGAGAGUCAGCUGGAGGAGGCACUUAAUGCUCUGAAGAGUGAACGUGAGCAAAAGAACAGCCUGCGUAAGGAGCUAGCCCAGCAUCUCACCCUGUGUGACGGACCUUUCUCUUCAGCCAGUGCCCACCUGGUCGCCCUCAGCUCAGCGCCCCCGAGUGGCAGCGCCACCCCUACUGCUGCCAGUUCUCCGGGCAGCGAGGAUGGUGGAAAAUGCAAUGGACUUCUGCUACAGGGUUCAGCUGGAAAAGCACUGGGCCGACUAAAUGGGGACUUCAGGGGAGCAGGUCAGAGAAAACAGAGUGACUCCAUGACCCCUGACCUCUUCAGUGAGCUUCAUUUCACUGAGAUUCAGAAACUUAAACAGCAACUGCAGCAGGUGGAGCAGGAAAAGACAUCUGCACUGAAUAACCUUCAGGAGUGUGAAACACAGUUACGACACACACAGUCUGCCCUGACUGAACAGUAUGAGAGGGCGCAGCACCUCCGACAGCAAGUUUGUACGCUACACCAGCAGGGAAGCACCACGGAGACUGGUGAUGAGGACAAGGCAGAGGUGGAGGUGAAGAGCCCUUCAUGGGCAUGUGAUGACCUGGAGCACCUGGGUCUGGAGCUAUUGCAAUGUAAGUACAAAUUAGCAGUGACAGAGGUGGUGAGCCUUAAUGCCGAGCUGAAGGAGCUUCAGGAGAGGCAUAAAGAGUGUGUGGAGCGGGCAUCACGGGCAGAGGAACAAGCCCAGGUCCAGCUACAGACUCUCAAAGCACAGGUGGCUUGCCUGGAAUGCAGCUGCCAUGAGGGGAGGGAAAAGGAAGUAGCACUUCAGCGAGAGCUGAAGAAAGCUAAUAGCUCUGCCUUGGAAUGCCACAGCACCCUAGCUGCAGCCCAAGACGAGCUGGCCACCUUCAGUGAAGAACUGGCGCAGCUUUACCAUCAUGUCUGCAUGUGCAACAAUGAAACACCCAACCGUGUAAUGCUGGAUUAUUACCGCCAGGGUCGGACCCCGCCACGUGCUACGUCCACAGGUCUUAAAGCACAGGAUGACCACCGGGUCCUCUUGACACCGAGGCUGGCGCGCCGCCUGGCGGCUAUCAAUGCUGCCACAUCUUCCACUUCAACGCCAAGUGACUCACAGAGCCCCACCGAGUCACCCUCCAAAGAUCCCCUCAACUCAGAGGAGAGCCCAGUGCGCACAGUGCUGAGCUCAUCCGCUGUCAGUGCCUCUUCGUCAUCAUCGUCCUCAUCCCCAGCACCUGAUUCGCCUGCGGGCUCAGACACCCGGCGGGAACCCAUCAACCUCCACCACCUGACUGCCAUUAUCCACGAUCAGAUCAAGCAUUUGCAGAAGGCUGUGGACCACUCACUGCAGCUGUCUCGCCAAAGAGCAGCCGUCCGUGAGCUUGCACCACUCUUCGACAAGGAAAAAGAGGCUUGUAUGGAAGAAAUUCUCAAACUUAAGUCCCUGCUGAGCACCAAGAGGGAGCAGAUUGCCACUCUGCGCCUGGUGCUCAAAGCUAACAAACAGACUGCAGAAAUGGCUCUGGCGAACCUGAAAAGCAGGUAUGAGACUGAGAAGAGCAUGGUGACUGAUACGAUGAUGAAGCUGCGUAAUGAACUGAAGGCAUUAAAAGAGGAUGCUGCCACAUUUUCCUCACUAAGAGCCAUGUUUGCCACACGGUGCGAUGAGUACGUAACUCAACUGGAUGAGAUGCAGAGGCAGCUUGCAGCAGCUGAGGAUGAGAAGAAGACACUGAACUCCCUUCUCCGCAUGGCCAUUCAGCAAAAACUGGCACUAACGCAGCGUCUGGAGGACUUGGAGUUCGACCAUGAGCAAUCACGCCGCCCCCGCAUGGGCAAGACGGCCAAAUUGAGGACCACAUCACCCAAAGUAAGUGGAACAGCCACCUUGCCCCUUCCUGACACCUCGUCCACUGUUGCUGAGGCAGUUGCAGAAACCUCAGCUAUCUCAUCCCCUACCCUAGUCACUUCCUUGCUCUCCUCUGACCCAGGCAGUCCCCCCUCUCUGGAAGCCCCUUCCUCUCCUGCCUCAUCUUUUUCCUCCUCCUGGACUCCCCCAGUUACGCCCUACAGGCGGGGCCACACACACUGGACGGUGGGUAUGCGGGCAUAUGUGGUGGAGCCACACUCCUAUGGUGUGGACAUUCAUACCACCAGUGUGUCCCGAACCACCAGCUUGGCCCGUCGCUAUGCAAUUGAGUCGCUCUAUUCAUCGGGUUCACUCCCUCCCUCCCCCUAUCGUUCGCCCAUCUUGGGCACUUAUCGCUCCACCUGGAGCUCACCCAGAUCUCGUCCACUCUCCACAGCCCUAACGCACUCCACCCACACAACCAGAUACACCUCCCCAUCUUCCUCCUCCUAUGGCCCACCAUACCCAAGAAAUUACACUUCUCAGCACCCCCGAUACUGAAGGCUCAGCGGGGUGGCACAGAGAGGAGGACAGACUGGUUUCCUAUUUUUAUAGUUUCCACUGCACUCUGCAACUUUGGUGACUGUUUUCUGCUCAGGGAUUUUGUGGAGCACAAACGGCCCUGCCUUCCUCCAAGAGUCAGUUAAUCAAUUCUCAGAACACUGUUCGCUGUUUCUGACCUCUCACUCAGUGCAUUCUGAAGUGAACUUCGUGGGCCUUUUCAGUGCAAGCCUCCGAAACCACAGAGAUUACAUUUACUUUUAUGAAAGUGUUAACUGGACUUUGUCAGCUGUGUUGGUUUAAGGCGUUGUUGUCUUGUUUAAAUGUGAAUAUAUAAUUAUAACAAACCAUACAAUUUACAUGAAGGGGUUUGGAAGUGUCUUAUUAAUUACUGAACCAAGAAAUAUGCACUGUAAAAUCCAUCACUGUGUAACAGCUGUAUGACUUUUUAAUACUAAUUUAGCCUUUUUGACAAGAACUGACAAGUUACUUUUAAAAUCUUGAACAACAAGGGGUUUUAUGUAAGUUAGGCCUUUCAGUAACAUCUCCUUUGAUUAAGCAAAAGCAAGUUUAGUUUUAGCUUUGGAUUAUAUCAUUUUAGCUAGCUGUCCUAUGCUGCAAAAUUACAGAUUUUUUUUUUCAUUGUCUCUGACCUGUUCAGAGUCAUCGUCACAUGACAUGUGGUGUGCCCAUUUUCAUUUAAAGGAAUAACAAACAUACAAACACUACCAGUUGCCAUAAUUCCAUUUGCCCAUUGCUAGUUCAUGACUCUUGGCUUUCAUUUGUUCUUAGCAUUUCAUGAUGAAAAAGCAAUCACACAGGGAGAGCACUGUGGCUGCACAGUUUAAAUAUGGAAAUAAUGUCUGGAACGUUUCAAUGAAGAGAGCAGGGACUUGUAAUUGAAUGUAAUCUUUAUUAAGUGAUAUCUAGUAUGUCUAAUAUACAUAACAAAUCUCAGGGAAUAGCAUUCUUGGUUUUGUAAUAGAGUCAUAAGGCGGCAUAAGUGGCAUAAGUUAUUUGAAUCAUAAACAGUGUCCUAUUAUUGACUUCUAAAUUAGAGUUUAUGUAUAACAUGAAUUGGGUAUGUUUUGCCAUUCACUAAAUAUUUGUGUUAAUUUAGUAAAGUAUGGCCCACAAUAUUGUCUCCAAAUUGCAUUGCCAAUCAGACUGUUCUAUUUACCAUUACAAUAUGUCCACACUUAGCCGCAGUCAUCUGAACAGUGAUGAGCAAGUGCAUUAAUAGCAUCUCUGUAACAUCCUAACACAUAUUUUUAUCCCACCAAAGACACUGAAGGCAUAUGAAGGCACUGGCCUUCAUCUCAUCUAGACUUUUGAUUAUGCAAUUUAGAACAGCUUUGUCCCGCUGUCUGAACUCACAGGGAGACUGAAGCAUUUGACAAGUUCCCAAUUUCCAACUCAUCCAGCUUGACAUACUCCACUAAUUAACAUAUGUGGAUUUGUGCAACGUUGUUAUAUUGUACUUUUGUAUUUGUUCUGACAACAACACGUAUCACAUGGCCCUCACAAUAUAUGAUAUCACAGAAGAUCACUGAUCCCUGUAGUAUUUAAACACUACAAAUAAUGUACACUUAUGGUUGCUAUUAUACAUGAAAGUAGUUGUAAUUAACACAUUUUGUUGUGUACUGCUCUGGUCCUGCAGUUUUCGUAUUGCGUAGGAAUGAAGGUAGAAGGUAAAAGGAACUCAGUCUUGUAAUACUGUACAAUUUUGUGAUAAUGCCACUGGUGGUUUGUGGGGCUGGUGGUCAGAUAGAGAGGAAUGGCGGCCUAGAUUUAAAAUAGCUUUUUAGUCAUUUUGUUGAAGGGCUCCAUGUGCUCAGGUGUUUAUUGUCAUAUUAGGACAGAAACCUUUCAGAGAAACCUCUCAGACCUCCUCUGUGUGGCACCCCUUUCUUUUUUCAACCUAACUACAUAAACAUACACACACACAAGCACACACAGUACUAUUACCAUGUCCCUGCCCCACCACCUCCUCAAUGCAAUUCCCUUCCACUUAAUGUAAGUUCAAGUCAUCGAUCUCAAACGUCAAAUGCUUCAGUACUGUAGUUGUCCCUGUAAUGAUUCAGACAGCUUGAUUGUUUUUUGUGUCUUUUUCAACCUCUAAUUAUUAUCAUCAUACACUGGGACUAUAGUCCCAAGUCAAAACAUUACUGUAUUUUUGUCUUUUCUACUGGGUGUAAUGUGGCCUACAGCAUUACUACUAUUACAGUCAGAGGGUGUUUCUGUAGACAGACUGUUAUUACUGAACAUAAGCAUGUGUCAAUACAGAAUACAGAAAAACCCUAUUUCUCCAGUGCAUUGUACAGUAAACAUGGUGUGUAUAUUCUUCGUAUUUAUUGUAAAUAACACAUAAAAGACCUAUAGUAAUUAAGUAUUUGUGUGUCAUCUCAUGUUGUACAUACAGCAGAGUCAGAGGUGGCCUGAAAUGUUUUCACUGAUCAUACACAAGUUUCAUAGAAACCUGAUCAAAAAGGAGCCUGUCAUUUGAUUUUCAUGUCAAUCCAUAUUUGAGAUUGACACAUCAUGUUGCCAUGGAUGUAUCUGUAUUUCUUUAUGUCACACCAGUUAGGACCAUUAUAAAGUAUGCACAUACUUGUGGAGAGAUGGUCAUACAGGAAUCGUAGAAAUCAAAUCUAAACUAAAUAAUACAGUCAAGUCCAUAAAUAUUUGGAUAGUGACACAAUUUUGCCUCUGUACACCACCAUAAUGGACUUGAAAUGAAGCAAUCAAGAUGUGAUUGAAGUGUAGACUUCAAUCACAUCUUGAUUGCUUCAUUUCAAGUCCAUUAUUGAAGUGUUUGAUUGAAGUGUAGACUUCAAUCAGCUUUAAUUCAAGGGGUUUAACAAAAAUAUUGCAUUAACUGUAUAGGAAUAACAGGCAUUCCCUAGUCCUUCUAUUUUCACCAGCGCAAAGUAAUUGGACAAACUAACAUAAAUAUAAAGAUUAUUUUUAAUACUUCAGUUUUGUCUUCAGUAAGUGAAAAGCAUACUCAGUUAGGUUGAGGUCAAAUGACUGACUUGGCCAAGAACAUUCUAUUUCUUUGCCUUAAGAAGCUCCUGGGUUUCUUUCGUGGUAUUAGGGUCAUUAUCCAUCUGAACUGUGAAUCAGCAUUUGACAGAAUCUGAGAAGAAAGUAUAGUUCUAUACACUUCAGAUUUCAUCCUGCUACUUCUAUCAGCAGUUAGUUUCUAUCAAUAAGCACCAGUGACCCAGUUCCACUGGCAGACAUACAUGUCCAUGCCAUAACACUGCGUCCACAAUGGUUGACAGAUGAUGUGGUAUGCUUUGGAUCAUGAGCCCUUCCUUUCCUUCUCCAUACUCUUUUCUUCCCAUCAUUCUGGUACAAGUUAAUCUUGGUUUCAUCUGUCCAGAGAAUCCUGUUCCAGAACUGGGCAAGCUUUUUUAGAUGUUUUCUAGCAAAGUCCAAUCUGGCCUUUCUGUUCUUGUGUGUUACAAGUGGUUUUCAUCUUGAGGGAAACCCUCUGUAUUUACAUUCAUGAAGGCUCUUGAUUGUAGACUUUGACAAUGAUAUGCCUACCUCCUUGAGAGUGUUCUUGACUUGGCUUGAUGUUGUGAAGGGGUUUUUCUUCACCAAGGAAAGAAUUCUGCAAACAUCCACUUUAGUUGUCUUCCAUGGUCUUCCAGGCCUUUUGGUGUUGCUGAGCUCGCCAGUGCAUUCCUUCUUUUUAAGAAUGUAACAAAUGUUUGAUUUGGACAGUCCUUAAGUUUCUGCUAUCUCUCUGAUAGGUCAGUUUUGUUAUUUCAGCCUAAUGAUGGGCUCCUUCACUUGCAUUGAGACCUCUUUGGACCGCGUAUUGAGAGCUCCCAUGAACAGCUACCAAAUGCAAAUUCAACUCUAGACCUUUUAUCUCCUUAAUUUGUUAUGAAAUAAUGAGGAAACAGGCCACACCUGGCCAUGAAACUGCUUCUCAGUCAAUUGUCCAAUUACUAGGAGGGACUCUGUAAAAAACACCUGUAAUUCCUAAACAGUUAAUGCAAUAUUGUUGUUAAACCCCUUGAAUUAAAGCUGAAAGUCUACACUCUUUAUUGCUUAAUAUUAAAACCAUUGUGGUGGUGUACAGAGGCAAAAUUUUUUACAAAAAAUGUGUCACCGUCCAAAUACUUAUGGACCCAACAAUAAUAU